AUGGGGAAGAACAAGGUGUAUAUUCCUCCCCUGAUCGGGUGGCUAUACGAUCUGGUCCUUUGGACAUUCUCCGUCCUCAUCGACCUCUUCUUUCGAGAGGUACACCCUCGUGGAUCAUGGAAGAUUCCUCGUCGGGGGCCGAUUAUCAUCGUGGCUGCUCCCCAUGCAAAUCAGUUUGUCGAUUCGCUGGUCCUCAUGCGUGUGAUUCGCAGCGAAGCACACCGACGAAUUUCAUGGCUCAUUGCGGAGAAGUCCUUUCGGCGCAAGUUCAUCGGUCUCCUGGCAAGAGGCAUCGGCACCUUGCCCGUGGCGCGCGCAAUGGAUAACCUGAAACCCGGGACCGGAACCAUCUACCUGCCCGACCCUGUCAAUGAACCCAAGCUCCUCCGCGGUGUGGGUACGAACUUCGAAGGCCCCGGAUUUGAGGCAGAGGGUACUAUUGCUUUGCCCACCAUCAACGGCACAGCGCAUAGUACGGCAAUUGCGGAGAUUCGAGGACCCGAAGAGCUGGUCCUCAAGAAACCCUUCACGCACAAAGAUGCACUUUCCCAAUUGACGGGCCGCAAAGAUAUUGACGACGAUGGCAAGUUCACAGGAGCUGGAUCGGAAAAGAACCCCGAGUUCAAAGGCACACAGUUCAAAGUCGCGCCGCAUGUGGAUCAGACGGCCGUUUACGAGGCUGUCUUUGCCAGGUUGAAUGCUGGCGGCUGUGUGGGCAUUUUUCCCGAGGGUGGAAGCCAUGAUCGACCCUCUCUACUACCUCUGAAAGCUGGUGUGGCUUUGAUGGCCCUGGGCACUCUAGCAGAUAACCCGGAUUGUGGUCUAAAGAUCGUUCCUUGUGGCAUGAACUAUUUCCAUGCACACAAGUUCCGCUCCCGUGCUGUGAUCGAGUUCGGUAACCCCGUUGAGGUUCCCAAAGAACUGGUGGACCAAUUCAGGAAGGGUGAACGUCGUGAAUCAGUUGGCGCACUGCUUGACAUCAUUUAUCAAAGCUUGGUGGCAGUGACUGUGACCAGUCCUGAUUAUGAAACCUUGAUGGUCAUUCAAGCUGCUCGUCGACUCUACAAUACCAAAGGAAAGAAGCUUCCUCUUCCCAUGGUCGUGGAGCUCAAUCGACGUCUUGUCAAAGGCUAUGCCCACUUCAAAGAUGAUCCACGUAUCGUGAACCUACGAAAUGCCAUUGCAAGCUACAACAAGCAGCUUCGAAUCCUCGGCAUUCGAGACCACCAGGUCGCCUAUGCCAAGUUCUCGUUCCUGCAAGUCAUUGCCAUGUUGAUCUACCGCCUGGGCAAACUCGCCCUUCUCACCAUCGGCACUCUUCCUGGCCUGCUGCUUUUUACCCCGGUAUUCAUUGCCACCAAGUACUUGUCCAUGAAAAAGUCCAAGGAAGCCCUGGCGGCGUCGACGGUGAAAUUGCAAGGCCGCGAUGUCAUGGCGACUUGGAAGCUGCUGAUCGCGCUCGCCUUUGCUCCGGCUGUCUAUGCGACCUAUACUGCCAUCUUCACCUACUGGACCUAUCGCAAUCGGAUUCAGGGCUUGAUACCUGACUGGGUGCCCCUUUGGUUGAUGGUGAUUGUUGGCAUGGUGGGCUUCCCCACCAUCACUUUCGCGGCUCUUCGGAUCGGAGAGGUUGGUAUGGAUAUCGUGAAAUCCUUGCGACCCCUGGUCCUGUCUCUGAACCCGUCCUCGGCAAACACCCUCGUUCAGUUGCGCGAAAGACGCGCCAUGCUCGCGCAGCAAGUUACAGAUGCGAUCAACACCAUGGGUCCCGAACUGUUCCCCGACUUUGAUGCCGCUCGAAUCGUGACUGACCCCUUCCGCGAGGUCAGCGACGAAUCCACGGUCGCGCGGGAAGCACCACCGCCCCAGCGCAGUCAAGAGAACAAGACCAGCGACACAUGGACCUCGUCCGAGCCUCUCCCUCGCAACGAGUCCUUCCAAAAUCUGGCCAAUAUUGGCUUCUUCUCGACUCGACCCCCCAGUCGCAAUCGAAGCCGUAGUCGGUCUUCGGGACCACGACCCGGUUCACGACACGGGAUGAAGCCGCUGAGUCCCAUGACGCUUCAGAAUGAUCCAAUGGAUGAUGUCAGUUCGCGCAUCCGUGACGCUAUGAGAGAGCGAGGGGAGCGACGACGAAGACGCAGCGAGGAUGGCAGCUGGGAUAUGGCCAGCUCGGGGACUGGGACGCCAUCCAGCGGGGACGAGAUGCGAAAGGAUCUGUAA